ACUCUAUAACAAUUGUUGCAGCUCUAUCACUAAGUCAGUUACGACAAAGACAGCUAGGGGCUAGUGAGACGACAAGAUGCACUCUCAUUUCUUUAUUGUUCUUGUCCUUGCCAAUUUGGCAUUGGGACACGUUUCUCUGACCUAUCCACCAGCAGACUUUCCAAACUAUGAUUUCUUGGACAACGUAAGAACAGAGCAGCCAUGCGGCAUUCCUCUCGGUUCCAUUUCUUCUCAGACGACACUUAUUGCCGGUUCUACGUUUGCUGUAACGUUUCAUCUCGCAUAUCCGCAUAGAGGCGGCUUUCGACUAGACAUUCUGGAUAUGAAUGGAAAUGUGCAGCAUGAUCUAACAGGUGGCUUUGUGUCUACAGAAGUAGCAACUAAUCAGGAAAGAAACGUUACAUUGCCUUCUACAUAUACUUGUGAUCGGUGUUAUAUUCGAUUAACUCGCCAAGCCAAUGAAUGGACGGGACCAGCAUUUUACAAUGGCACUUAUCUAUUUUGGAGUUGUGCAAGUGUCAAAAUAGUUGCUUCUAGUGGCAUGAACAUGAGCAUAUGCUGUGGUAGCAACUGUGAUUGUUCAGGUCAUGGCUCAGUGGUUGGAGAUAAAUGUAGUUGUGAUGGCUUGUGGUAUGGCGAUUGCUGCCAAUAUAAAGAUCAAUGCCGGACAGAUGACCAUUGCGGUGGUACUUUGAAAGGAAAGUGCACUGCCCUCCAAAGCAGUAAUCCUCCUGCUCAUCAGUGCUUCUGUAAUGUGGGCUGGACAGGCACAAAAUGUGAAAAAGAUUCAUCUCUACGAGCUGUUCCAAACUUUAAAGCAGCUGACUGUGAAGGUUAUCAUUCUCCAAAAGAAGACGUUGAGAUAUGCUAUAAUACAAUCAAUAAUGGUGAGUCAGUCAAAAUCUAUAUCAAAUACAAAACAACUCAACAACCUCAAUGGCUUGGAUUUGGAUUUAAAGAUUCUGACUUGGAUAUGAGUUGCCAGGCCAGUUCUCCUGGAUAUCAUCCAGCAAACGUUAGUGCAUGGGGAGGAACCAGUGAAGGAGAAGGAGAAGGAGAAGGAGAAGGAAAGGGAAAAGGAGAAGGAGAAGGAGAAGAAGGAGAAGGAGAAGGAGAAGGAGAAGGAGAAGGAGAAGGAGAGGGCACUGGCAUGCAUCCUAUGGAUUGUGCAGACAUAGUUAUUGCCAAGGUGAAAGGCAAUCAGUAUCGUAUUCUGGACCAUUACACAAGAGACCGAUCAACACCUCAAGAAGACGAGUGGUAUGGUGGUACUGAUGAUCUGCUUGGUGCAUUUGGUGAAUAUAAAGAUGGUGUGAUGCUUGUUGGUUUUAUCAAACCAAGAAGAUCUGUUGAUAAGUUUGACCAUAACAUUACUAAUCGCUCACAGAUUCUUCUUUGGGCUCAUGGUCAAAUUAUUGGACAAUACAAUCCUACUAUUCCGCCUGCUGCUGCUGGUUAUGAAUCAGAUCUUGUCACAGACUUUUAUCAACCUCUUGAACUAAAGUACCAUGGAGUAAACAGAGGUCAGUGGAGUGACAACUUGCUUAAUCCUAGGCCUGUUGUAAGCAAUAGUAACUGUACAAUUCAACGUCCAUGUGAUGAUGGAGGCGGUGUUUGCUACUCUGCUCGCUGGGGUUACUAUGGGAGUAAUGAAGAUAAAAUAUUUUUUGAACUAUCUACUACUGAUGGCAGUGAGAGAUAUGUGGCCGUUGGAUUUUCGAAUGACAAGUUCAUGGCUAAUUCUGACAUUAUAACUGGGUUUGUUCAUGAUGGCAAAGCCAAGGUUCAAGAUCGCUAUGCCACUGGCCACAUUAUGCCUGUGGAAGAUGAUGAUGGCUCUCAAAUUAAUGACCAGUGUGGUUUCACUGAUGGAAACAAAGUUGUGGUUGGGUUUUCUCGUACAGUACAAACAACUGACUCUGAAGAUUUGGCAAUUAAUGAAGCUCUGUUUUUCUUGUUUGCAUGGAGUAAUGUAGCUAAUCCAGCCACGAAUGAAAUUAGCUACCAUGAGACAAGAAGAUUUUUUUCGGAUUCUAGAAUUGAUCCUACACAAUGCACUCUUACUGACCCUGUGUGCUCAUCACCUACUGAGUCACCUACUGAGUCAGCCUCACCAUCUACUACUGAUGUUUCAUUAUCCACUUCUGUUUCAUCAUCUGUUGUGGUUGUCAUAACAGCAAUGUCUCUGUUUUUUUACACAUUUCUUCUGUAAUGGUUAGCGUCUCUUUCAAGUUUGUGUUGAAGGUGUGGUGCAUGAAGUCAUGUAAACAGUUUGAAUAUACGCAUCUGUUGAAGGCGGUGGGUGACUGCUGCUGCUACUGUAAUAGUUAGAAGCAUUGUUUUACGAGAAACAAAUCAUUAUCUUGUGCAA